AUGGGUGGCUCCCUCGAAGCCCUCCGGCGCAAGCGCUCUCUGACCCGAAUCCAGUACUCGGGCUCGUCCAUCUUCAACUACACCUACGAAGCAGGCGCCUUCAAACUUCCAACCUGGCUCCAAGUUCCCCCCGACUUACGAGACUCCCACGACAAACUGCACAAAGCCGCCAUCUGUGCCCUCGCCGGCAUGCACUCCCUAAUGACCCUGCGUGAGCAGCGCUACUCCGCCAUGUGCCCGGAGACAAUGGGCCUCAUCUACCACGUGCAUGCCAAGUCGAUGAAACGCCUCCUCGAGUGGAAAGAAGACUGGAACCCGGCUGACUGCACCCUCGCUCCCUCGUCCAAGAUCCCGCGCGACGCCGUCAAGUUCUGCGUCGACGCAGUCAGCUACUCUGGGUUCACGGCCAAGUACGUCAAUGCCGUGCAGGAGUUUAUGCGCGGCCCCUAUCACCUCUAUCGUGAGAAGAAGACACAGAUCGAGUAUCUGGCUGGCUGUCUGAUGGGCAAUGAACACAUUCACAACGAGUGGCGCCGCUGGUGGAAUUCGACUUUUGUGGUGGAGAUGUGUAAGUGGGAGAUUUGUAUUGAAGGCCUGGUGAUUCCGACCUGGGAAGAGAUUAUUGAUGAGGUCUAUCUUCUGAUUGUGGACCGGGUGGAGGAUGCAGAUGAGUUGGCCAGUUCGUUCUAUGUUAGUAGCCCAAAGUCGGUUACUCCGCUGUGA